GAGUCGUCUUCCAAUGAGGAUGUCUACAGAUACUUGUCCAUCUCCCUGGGCAUCAUAGCUGGGCUAGGGCUCAUCCUGGCUGCGGUGUUCUUCGGACUUUGGUUUAUGGGACUGAAAAAUGCCGCCAAAAACAAAGGGAGCUCUGUCACCUCAUCCCAGGCCACCAUGACACAGGAUGACAUCUUUUAUGUCAAUCCUUCAUUGUCAGAGAGGGAGCAAGUGGAGUACAGCCAGAGCAGCUCGGAGAACUAUUACGAGGUGAUUCCCGAAAGACGAAGCUAUGAGAGCAUCAACACAGGGCUGGCCAAUGGUGCGCUGCAUGUGAGGCAGAUCAGAUCCCCCCACGGAAUGCUGGGUCAUUACCAACACACCCACCUGCAUGGCCACGGCCAUGCCCACCUCCCGCAUCAUGCCCACCUGACCCAGCCUAAAGAUCCUGCUAACCAGAGGAAUGUUCCUUAUGUUCUGGAAGAUUACCCCCCGCCACCUUAUCAACCACCGAGAUUGCUAGGCAUCUCUAAAAACGCUGGGAUGGGCCCAGCCCCUGGUCAUGGCCACGCCAUGUCCGUGCCAGCCAAUCAGCGGCAAAGGCCAGCCAUUAUCCAUCACGCCUACCAUUCGAGUCUGGUGCCCUCCGCGGCUGCUCUAAAUGGUAUGAAUCCUGGAACCAGCAGCAAUGGAGGCCCUACAACCAGCAGCAACAACAGCGGCAUCAACAGCAUCAUUGGCAGUAACUUGAUCAACAACAGCAGCAGCGGUGGUCUGAUGCUGAACAACAUCGGCAUGGGAAUUCAGAGCACACCCAACAGCAUGGCUACAUUUGGAGGCGGGGCUGGAACCAUCAUGUCCAGCAACGGUGGCACCAUCAGCUUGACCUCCCUGGUCAACCACCAGCUUUUGAGUGGCAUCCCACCACAUUCCUUAUCCAACAGCAACAUGCCAACCAGCUCCCACAACCAUCUGCCUGGCCUGGCUGCCACCCUGGCUGGGUCACAUGUCCCGGCUCCGGCACCCAGCCAAUCCGAGACCAGUGCAUGA